AUGUUCGUCUAUCUGCCUACGCCACUUAUCCUAUCCCUGACCUUCACGCUGGGUGCUUGCAUGUUCCCUGGCCAACACUGGGGGGAAUGGAACGAUUCUCAGCUCCUGCCAACCAUUCAGAAGCUGAUGAAAGGAUACAACCGUUACCUAAGACCAAAUUUCAAUGAGGGUCCGGUUGAAAUUGGUAUGAGUCUUGACAUCGCAAGCAUUGAUGCCAUCUCAGAAAUCAAUAUGGACUAUACUGCAACUAUCUUCCUGCGCCAGAGGUGGCGUGAUUCUAGACUGGUGUUCCCAGGGAACGAGAGUGUUAGUGUGGAUGGACGCCUGGUAUCACUGCUGUGGAUCCCCGACACGUUCAUUCCCGACUCAAAGCGUUCCUUCCUACAUGACGUCACGGUGGAAAACCGUCUAAUUCGCAUCUUCAGCAAUGGGACUGUUCUUUAUGCGCUUCGAAUCACAGCUACCAUUGCCUGCAACAUGGACCUGACCAAAUAUCCAAUGGACAGACAGGUGUGCACCCUGCAGCUAGAAAGCUGGGGCUACAACCUACAGGAUGUUGUGUUUUACUGGACUAGAGGGAAUGAUUCAGUGAGGGGUCUGGAUACACUGCGGCUGGCUCAGUAUAGUGUGGAAAGCUACUACACAUCUGUGUCGGAGGCUGUGUAUGAGACUGGACAAUACCCCAAGCUGGUGCUGCAUUUUGCACUGCGCAGAAACGUGUUGUUCUUUAUCUUGGAGACUUAUGUUCCCUCCACUCUCUUGGUGGUUCUCUCCUGGGUGUCAUUUUGGAUCAGCCAAUCCUCCGUUCCAGCCAGGACUUGUAUUGGUGUGACAACAGUUCUGACCAUGACCACCCUGAUGAUGGGUGCGCGCACCUCUCUGCCCAAUGCCAACUGCUUCAUUAAGGCCAUAGACGUCUACCUGGGCAUUUGCUUCACCUUUAUCUUCGGUGCCUUGUUGGAGUACGCCUGUGCUCACUUCUAUACCAUGCAACAUCAGACCAUAGAGGAUUUGCACAGGGAGCUCGCGAGAGAAUUCUACGAGUCCAAUGGGAACGGCUCCAUCGCCACCUCCACACGACCAAAGAAUUCUGUGAAAGUGAACCCCCCUGAGGAAGAAUCUACCGAAGAGCCAGCCAACUGUGACACACAGGCCACCGUUGAACCCAAGGAAGAAAAACCAGGUCAAGGGUGCAGUUUGUCAUCAGUGAAGGAUGUUUCAAGAAGAGCAGUGUCCAUCUUCAUUGUGGAAAAUCCACACAACAUUGAUCGCCAUGCCCGCACCGUUUUCCCCACGGCAUUCCUUUUCGUCAAUAUUCUCUACUGGCUUUAUUAUCUCUUUCUCUGA